UUUGUGUUGUAAGGACGAAAUUAAUUGGGUGAUGGAAUCUCUCGGUAUUUUUACCGAACAAAAUAAACAGUAAAAAUAUGUAAUGAUUUGUUAUGCAUACAUACGUUGUGUAUGCAACAGCUAAAUGAACCAAAAAGAUGUGUUGGGCUUGGUGCAUGAGAUAGAACUCUUUUCUGCGAAAUGAACUGCGUAAAAAUGUGGUAAAACGGAAAAGCACGCCGAUUGGCACUAUAUAGAUUUCAUAACUUUGAUACAUAAACAAAGUUCCGCCGUAUGACUGUGCAAAAGACUUUGAAUUCAUGUUAAAACAUAAUAGCUGUAACAUAUAAUUUCAUAUUUAACUUUAAUGCUUUUUUGGUGCGUAAUUGUUCUAUUCAGUGAUUUAAGUUAGUUAGUUUAAGUGACUACUUUUGUUUGCAUAUUUGAUUUCCCUCUGCCACAAGUAAAGUAGCUUGUGACGAAACUUUUUGUGCUAAAGAUAUGCCUGAAGAAUGAAACUACGACUUAUUAGACCAUGAGCCCUAACCAUUCAUAGUUCACCAAAUGUUUACUUAUUUAUGACAUGGAUGGAGUUGCUUUGUCACCAUAGGCCUGACAGAUUACAUUCAUGAGGUCUCUCAAGGGAAUUCAAGGUUCCCAGAAUAAACAAUAUAAUGCAUCUUGGCUAUAAUCAAAAUGAAGUCAAUGUGAAAAAUGCCACUUUAGUAGCUUUUAAUAUUUGUAUGAUAAUAUUUAUGUUAUAAAAACUAAUCAAUUCUAGGUCGACAUUUGACACGAUCACAAUAUCACUGCGGUUCACUAAGGAAUGUUUAUUGCUGCAUCCAAAGAAAUGAUGCCGCGCCUCAAGUCUUCGAUGUGAUGCAUAUGUGAACGCAAACAUACAAAACGUUUCACGCCACGCACCAGUGUGGAGUCGGGUGGGAGGGUCAACUGUUUCCAUUUGAAUCAAUACACAUUAUCAUUAAAUUAAUAUGAUUACGCUCUCUUAUAUACUGUUUCUAUACUUGAACGUACAAUCCUUCUGAUACAGUUCUGCACAUUAUAUUUUGCAUAAAUCGAAUUGUAACUUACUGACAUUCUUUUGGGUCAAAUCACCGAAAACGUACUAUACGUCCUUAGCAUCCUCGAGAUGAUUUAGGUUGCAGUUACGUGUGUAUUUAAGUAAAUACUAUUUUUUGAAAAAUUAAGUGUGAAUAAUCACAUGGACUACUGGAAACUUGCUCUUUUGAUCACAACUUUACUAGAACCAAGAUUUCGAGAAGUCUGCAAAUGCAAAAGAAGAAAGUGCAAAACUUGCGGAAACAGGGAGGCAAAGGAAUUUAACACAAACACUCGCUUUAAAAGAAGUACAUUAUUGUGUAAAAAUGCUUACCCUGUUUUCUAAACUUUGUUGAUAACUUAGGCCUACAUUGAUACAAUAGUACAUAAAUGGGAUACACCAAUUUUUAGCCUAUAAAAACAUUUGAACUUUUCCUGUGUUUUCACAGCAAAAAAUAAAACACAUUUUCCAUACAGGCACUCACUGACCACAUAUCAAAGUAUUUCCUUAAAUGCUUUUGCGAGGAAUGUCUUCCUUUAGACCGAGCUAAAAAAUGUGCUCAGACGGUGGGGAUUAUUCUUUUCAAGGUUUUACUAUAAAGAAUAAAAAGCCGGUUCCAGUUUGAUGAUUGCAUUUUAUUUGUUUAGGCCUAUAUGAUAUUAUUAAUUAAACGAGUGUUUAUUAUACGAGAAACAAUUAACAGUAGUCCGAUACUUUUUCCAAGAUUAAACUAUUUUAAAUUCUACAUAACAUUUACACUGGCUGCCCUGCCAAGAUUCUUUGCUUUGCUGCCCCGUUCACUUUUGAUGAAGCACCACCUCCUGUGUGCCUGAUCCGCCACUGCUGAACAACUGAGGCCGAAAAUUACCCCCGAUCAUAACAACAGGUCUUUUGCGUUACUUAUUUUCUCCGGACAAUAGGCGCCCUUCGCGCUUUUCACAAGACACCGAUCCCAUGACGACGCAGAGCAUGGUUAGAGAAAAAAAAUCUUAACAAAGGGUUAAAUACAGAAACAUCGGAGCCUGAGUAGACAGCAUAAAAUUGACAACGUCAACUUUGUACUAACAGUCGUUUCCGGGAAUAUUGUGUAUCCUACUCGCGCGCGGAUGUUUUUGGUGAACCGACUAUGUAACGGUAUAAAUAUUUAGUGCUUGCAAAUCCAUUCGGUUCUGAAUCCUAUAGCAGUAUGGAAAAUGCACUCGCCUCAAAGCGCGUUGCAGACUUUCCACCGUUGCAAUAUACAUAAAGAUUGCAUCGCUUCGAUGUAACUUGGGAUCGCAGUUAAAAGUACAAUAACCUUUGCAUAAGAAAAACAUUUUUUUUUUCAUCUACUGCCUGAAGCUCGACGCAUGCGCUCUAGUUGUUUGCUGUCACUAAAACAUUUUUCUUCACAUUGGAAGCUGUCACGAGUGACGUCAAUCACAGAGCUCUGACCAAUUAGAACGCUCGGUGAUUGUUUGGCUCCACGGGCUGCAGCGCCUACCAUGAAUCUCUAUUCAGUAUAUCAAAGCGUCCUGCUGCUGCCUCUCAACCGAAUGGGAUUCCACGUAGGCACUGAGAUAGCAACUAAACUUUAGGGAAGUAGGUUUUUUUCGUCUGUAUUUUUCAAAGCGAUUAAAAUAUAUUUGUCAUCAUCAUUAUUAUUAUUUUGCCUGCUGUCAAGUUAUUCUAAAAUUAGGAGUAAUGAGCGUGGAUGCUUUGGGAAGCCCUGUGAUGGACCCCGCGUUUUCCAAACGGAACACGACGCUGAGAUUAGUUGACUUGGCAGGGGCUCACCACCAUCACCAUCAUCACCACCAUACCCCUCAGAGCGUGACAGGCUUCCCGGGGUUUAGCAGCCAUCCACACUCAAUGGCUCACUCGCACCCUGGGGAGAUGACUGCGGAACCCCGCCUGGGGCCGAGUCCAUUCGGGCCAGAACACAUGGGGCACUCCGCGGCCCUCAAAAUCAGCCCAACCCAUCAUUAUCCCCACCACCAUCACCACCACAAUCAUCAUAUUGCAGGCCACACUGAAGUGGUCUCCAGUCAAACGGGAGCUUUUGGCCCGGUGCAGGCGACUACGGUCCCGUACUCCAUGUCUCACACGGCCCAGGCGUUAUCCGCAGGUAGGGAUUUCCUCAUUCGACGAGAUUUGACAGCUCAAGCUAUGCCCGUGCUGACCGAUCAGACUUCUGGUGCAGGCUCUCACCACGGAAUGUUUGUCUCAACAACAGGUAGCUAUCCGGGACACUAUGGUCAUCACCCCGACCCUGGGAACCAUACUCUCUUCCCUGGACUUCAUCACGAACAGCCAUCUAACGGAGCACCAGGUGGCCAAGCCUUGAACGGACAAAUAAGGUUAGGAAUACCUGCCGAAAUGUACGUUAGGUCUGAUCAUUUGAGUCAAGUAGCGAGCUCCAGGGCAGACCCGUUUGCCGGUUCUCCUCUGCACGGAUACGGGGGACUCAAUCUGAACAUGAACCUCAGCGCACACCACCAUGGAGCCGGUGCUUUUUUCCGUUACAUGCGACAACCGAUCAAGCAAGAACUCAUCUGCAAGUGGUUGGAACCGGAGCACUCCGUCAAGAAACUUUGCUCUAAAACUUACAGCACCAUGCACGAACUGGUGACGCAUGUGACUGUCGAGCACGUCGGAGGACCAGAGCAAGCGAACCAUAUCUGUUUUUGGGAAGAAUGUCCACGAGAGGGAAAGCCGUUUAAAGCAAAGUACAAACUCGUGAAUCACAUCAGAGUGCACACCGGAGAGAAACCGUUUCCCUGUCCGUUUCCUGGCUGUGGAAAAGUAUUUGCCCGAUCGGAAAACUUGAAAAUCCACAAGAGGACUCAUACAGGUGAAAAGCCUUUUAAAUGUGAGUUUGACGGCUGUGACAGACGGUUUGCCAACAGCAGUGAUCGAAAAAAGCAUUCCCACGUGCACACCAGCGAUAAGCCGUACAACUGCAAAGUCAGAGGUUGUGACAAAUCGUACACGCAUCCCAGCUCUUUGAGAAAACACAUGAAGGUGCACUGCAAGUCUCCACCUCCGAGUUCGGGUUACGAAUCAUCGACUCCAUCUCUUGUUUCUCCUUCAUCGGACUUGGGACGGGAGCCAGCUCCCUCCACGCUCUCCGAGCCUCUCUCACAAUCGUCCCAGGCGGCAAAUUUAAGCGAAUGGUACGUGUGUCACAGCUCCGGUGCCAGUGGCCCUCAGACCCCACCCAGCGGUUCAUCCACACCGGGCCAUACAGAUGGGCCGCCGUACGGCAAUGUUGAACGAAGGGACGCCUUCUAGCAAAAAGACAGCCCUCUAAUAUUCCCUUUUUGACAAUUUCUUAUUUUUGGACUGAAUGGCCACAGACUGACGCCAAGUCAAUUUAAAGAGUAGGCUUGCUCAAUUUUGAUGCCUUACUGAAGGAUGCACUGGCCCCUGACAGCUGAUGUCACUGCCUAAACACCAAUCGAUUAAAAAAGUCACGAGUGUCUAUGUUUUUAAAUAGAGUACUGAUCGUACGCAUGUUGCUGUAUUAUUUUGUAAAUUCAUUUUUUUAAUUUAUUUUUAUUGGUAAAUAAUUUCAUUUUCUAUUAUUGAACCAAAGUGCUUAAUUAUUAAAUUGUACAUAUGUAGAUGAUGACGUUUUAAUGUCUAUGUGUGAACGGUAAUUUUGUAACGUUUGGUCUUUCAGCAUUUUUAAAAUGUUUGCUACUAUACUUUGUACAAAAUUGGUAUAUGGGAUUAUUUGAGUUUCAUAAAGACGUAGACUUUUCCUCUUUUUGUGCUUUCUCCAGCCGAGCCAAUUUGAUGGAAACAGUGUUAUUGUAUUUGAUAUGACGUUUCAUUUAUGAUUAAUCAUUAAUCUAUGUGGUUAUUUUGUGAUUUUGUAAAACCUGUCAGCAAUCAAUUUUUAUGAAAAUUAUGAAUUAUCAGCAGAGACCUUAAAUUGUGUACCGAAAUGCCUUGUACGUUGUCAGUAUUUUGAAUAAACUGUGUAUGACGCAAAGCAA